CUUUUUGAUGUUUGCUCCAGGUCUUCUUGCAAGCUCUUCUUUCCUGAAGAUCCAGUGAAGAUUGUCAGGGCAAAAGGCCAGUAUAUGUAUGAUGAAAAUGGAAGAUGGUACCUUGACUGUAUUAACAAUGUGGCUCACGUUGGACACUGCCACUCUGAUGUAGUAAAUGCAGCCCAUGAACAGAAUCAGUUGCUAAAUACAAAUUCUCGUUAUCUCCAUGACAAUAUAGUGGAUUAUGCAAGAAGACUUUCCAAAACGCUGCCAGAGAAAUUGUGCACCUUCUAUUUUUUGAAUUCAGGAUCAGAAGCCAAUGACCUUGCCCUGAGACUGGCACGACAACAUACAAAACACACAGAUGUUAUUGUGUUAGAUCAUGCUUACCAUGGACAUCUGACAUCCCUGAUUGACAUAAGUCCAUAUAAAUUCAGAAACCUAGAAGGACAGAAGGAUUGGGUCCAUGUGGCUCCUAUCCCGGACACAUACCGUGGAAUAUACAGAGAAGAUCAUAAAGAUUUAGUUACAGCUUAUGCCAAUGAAGUGAAAGAAAUCAUUGAGCAAGCACACAAAAAGGGUAGAAAGAUUGCAGCAUUUUUUGCCGAAUCUUUACCAAGUGUUGCCGGUCAGAUCAUUCCACCAGCAGGCUAUUUCCAAAAGGUAGCAGAACACGUGCACAAAGCAGGAGGUGUAUUUGUUGCCGAUGAAAUUCAAGUAGGUUUUGGCAGAGUUGGCAAACACUUUUGGGCAUUCCAGCUUCAGGGAGAGGAUUUGGUACCAGAUAUUGUCACUAUGGGCAAACCAAUAGGAAAUGGGCACCCUGUCGCCUGUGUAGCAACAACAAAAGAAAUUGCAGAAUCAUUUGCAGCUACUGGAGUGGAAUACUUUAAUACAUUUGGAGGAAAUCCCGUUUCAUGUGCCAUAGGCUUAGCAGUUUUGGAUGUGAUUGAGAAGGAGCAUCUUCAAGCCCAUGCCAUGCAAGUGGGCAACUUACUGAUGGAAUUACUGAAUCAACAGAAAGUUAAACAUCCUAUCAUUGGCGAUGUCAGGGGUGCUGGAUUAUUUAUUGGAGUGGACUUAAUAAAAGACCAAGAGAAAAGGACCCCAGCUACUGAAGAAGCAGAGUACUUGAUAACAAGACUGAAGAAAGAAUACAUUCUGCUGAGUACUGAUGGUCCAGGAAGAAACGUACUUAAGUUCAAGCCUCCAAUGUGCUUUAGUGUACAGGAUGCCAAAUUAGUUGUGGAUGCAAUGGAUAAAAUAUUAACAGAUAUGGAAAAAGAGGCGGCAUGUGAACCAGUGAGAGACCUUCAAUCUUAAACUUCAAUUUUAAUAGGAUAAAUUAAACCCUUUUACUUAUUACCUUACACGAAGUAAAAGGGUUUUCUGCAACUUGGAUACAGGACCUAUUAAUAGUGCUUAUGAAGACAGGGAAGAAGGGCUUUCACUAUUCUGUCAUCCUGCAAUGAACAUCCUCCCGAUUCCCAGGGAAGAAACAAACAACUGUGCCCAACUACAUUUGUCUGAGAAGGCCACCACACUUGUCCAGGACUCUGUAACAAGUAACCGAACAGCACACCUGCAGCUCUUACUGGCAGCUGGGGAUUUCCACUAACCAUUCUAGUCUAACUUCAAAACCAAGAUGUUAACAAUAAAAGGUUUCAGCUGCUGUUCAUUUGCAAGAGAGCCAUGCUACUACCAAUGCUGCAUAGUUUAGUCCAACAUUUCCAUUGUCCAAUAAAAGCCAUUAACUCCUGUUUUCUGCAUCUGUUCUGGAAGCAGUACACUAGAGUUUAGUAGGCACAAGCUGAAGAAUGGCACAAGACACUAGAUUAUGCCUUUUUAUUUCAAAAGCUAGGAUAGCUUCAAUAUCCAUGUCAUGGUGAAUCAGAACACAUGUAAAAUACCUUACAAUACAUUAGAUUCCAAAAAGGUACCAAAAAGUACAGUAAAAUUAACACUUCCAUUACAGGAAAUGUAUGACACAAAAACAAUACAAAAUAAAAAGGUGGAAAGUGACACUGGUUCCCUAAGAUGCAUCUCAUUCUGUACAACUGGAGUAAUGCAGAGUCCAUAGUUAACUCCAAGAGGCAGUCCCUAGAUGCAGAGCUGCAGCUUUAAGCAGACCCUCAAAAUCAGUUUCAGUUUAACCUAUUAAUAAAAUCAUUCAUUAAUAUCUUCAGCAAGGCUGAAAUUUUACACACCACACUGUCUAGACAACUAGUUAUCUGUAAGUAUUAAACAGAGAAGACAUUUCCAGGGAGCUCUUCCAAGUAAGAUGCACAUUUAACAGGCCAUAGAAAUUUAUUGUAAAGUUAAAUUUGGUACAUAAUUGAAAUAGCCAUCUACAGCAUUGAAUACAAAACCUAUGUGGUCAUUUUCCAAAA